AUGACCACCCAGAAGAACACCUAUAUGCAGCAGCUUGCAGCAGCUGUUUUCACAGCUGAUGAAGAUCCAAAAGUCAGGGAAUAUUUUCAAGCAUGCCCUCUCGCUUUUGUGAAGCCCAUUCAAGGCCAAUUUACAUCGCUACACAAGAAGUAUAAUGAGAUCAAUCUACAACUUGGUCAGACUGGUGCUGGACUGUCAUUUGAGGAGCUCAAUGAGAAUGAGAAAACAAGGAUUCUUCUUGACUGCCUCUUGCAGACAUUCCCAUGGUGGGUUGAUCUCCAUGGGUGGUGGAGAACAAAUCCCACCUAUGAUUUCAAAGCUGAGGCAUUGGAUGUCUUCGGCAAAGGGAAAGGGAAAGAGAAAGAGAUGGUCCUGGAUGAUGCAGAUUGCGAGGAUGAUGAAGGAGAAGAUGCAGGUCCUCUCAAUGAGGACCUUGAGCCAGGUGAAAUUUUGGAUAGUGAGGCCUCUAAGGAUGAUGAUCCUAGGUUGUACAUGUUCCAUGGUGAUGAAGAUCUAGGCUGGGAUAGCCUAAGUGAUACCUCUGGCUCUCCAUCUUUGAGCUUCCCUUGCCCUCCACUUCCCCCAACACCAUCAUCUGGUUCUUUGUCCCAUUUUCAACCAUCUGACCUUCCUAUCAUUCACCACUACCAACGCCCACCCAUCACCUGUCUCAACACAAAUGUUCCCAAUGAGAUCUUCCUUAACUCACCUGAAGCAGUGGAUAGGCCCAAAUAUUUGUUGUAA